CGUGAUGCUGGCGAGGAAAAGCAUCAUUCCGGAGGAGUUCGCGAUGCCGGCUCUGGCAUCCCGCGCCCCUAGGAAACCUGUCUUCAGAGACCGAGUCAACAAGGCGCGAUUCAUCGCCAAGAGCGGCUCGUGUAACCUAGCGCACAAGAACAUCCGCGAGCAGGGCCGCUUCCUGCAGGAUGUCUUUACCACUCUGGUAGACCUCAAAUGGAGAUUCACACUGGUCAUCUUUACUAUGACAUUCCUGUGCAGCUGGUUGCUGUUCGGAAUGGCGUGGUGGUUGGUGGCAUUCGCGCACGGAGACCUGGAUCCGAUCCGCAAGUCUGGAAUCGAGCAGUGCGUCACCAACGUCAAGUCAUUCACCUCAGCCUUCCUCUUCUCUAUUGAAGUGCAGGUCACCAUUGGCUUUGGUGGUCGCAUGAUCACUGAGCAAUGCCAGACAGCCAUUGUGGUCCUGAUUUUGCAGAAUAUCGCUGGGCUCAUCAUCAAUGCGGUCAUGCUGGGUUGCAUCUUCAUGAAAACAGCACAGUCGCACCGGCGGGCUGAGACGCUCAUUUUCAGCCGCCAAGCUUGCAUCGCCGUGCGCAACAGCCGCCUGUGCUUCAUGAUCCGUGUGGGUGACCUGCGCAAGAGCAUGAUCAUCAAUGCUGUCGUGCGCCUUCAGGUGGUGCGCAAGACUGUCACACCUGAAGGUGAGGUCAUCCCUAUUCAUCAGAUUGACAUUCAAAGUGAGAGUGCGACAGCCAGCAAUAGCAUCUUCCUUCUGGCACCGCUCAUCAUCUGCCAUGUCAUUGACAAGGACAGUCCACUUUAUGACCUGUCAGCUAUGGAGCUGCAGUGCAGCGAUCUGGAGGUGAUCGUCAUCCUUGAGGGGGUUGUGGAAACUACGGGCAUCACGACGCAGGCGCGCACCUCUUAUGUGACUGAAGAGAUCCAGUGGGGUCACCGUUUUGUUCCCAUUGUCACUGAAGAGGAGGGUGUCUAUUCAGUGGACUACUCCAAGUUUGGCAACACAGUGAAGGUGGCAACGCCACGCUGCAGCGCACGUGAGCUUGAUGAAAAGCCAUCGAUUCUCAUCCAGACACUGCAGAAGAGUGAGCUUUCACACCAGAACUCGCUACGCAAGAGGAACUCCAUGCGCCGCAACAACUCCAUGCGCAACAACACCAUGCGCCGUAACAACUCGACACUAGCCGUACCCAAAGUUCAAUUCUUUACACCCGAAGUGGGUCCCAAUGUAGCCGUCACAUGACACGAACAAGACAAUGCACUUCAUUUUAAAAGGUUCAGGGAUGCACUGUUCCAUUCCACCUUCACUUUGCCUCACUCCUUUUCCCUAUGUAACAUUACCAUUUCUGUUGUAACAGAAAAGCACAUUUGCUUUCCUACAUGUCUGUUUAUAA